CCGGCUGACGGUCACUAUUGCGUUAAAAGACUGAACUUCUCGACCGACCUGCAUCGACACUACAGUAAACUGGUGAAAAGCUACUGACAAUCUCUCUCAACCCUUCAUCGGACAGUUCACCAACUCUAAACCUGCAUAUCACUGAGUGGGCCCCUCUGUUGAUGACAUUCCUAACUGUCACCCAGAUGCUUCCAUGACCAGGGUUGAAAGCCUGAACUGAAACUUCACUUGUGUAUGGAACCCCCCUGGUUUAAACCUACACAAACCAACCUUGAGGGGGUUGCUAUUUGGAGCCAAAUAUGUUUCAUCUGAUCAAGAAAGACAAGGACAAGGAUAAGGAUGAGAGGAAGAAGGACAAAAAGGACAAAAAGGAGAGGAUGUCCCAGGCAGAGCUGAAUAGUCUGGAGGAAAUGAGCCAGAGGCGGGGCUUCUUCAACCUCCACCGAGGAGGCUCUAAGCGGGACAACAAAGGCAAGCUGGAGAUCUCCAGCCCCAUCCCUAUCAAGGUAGCCAGCAACACAGAGCUCAGCUUUACUGAUCUAGAUGCUGAUCGCUUCAGCAACCGUGGCAGCAUGGUCCUGGACUUGGGCCAGAUGAGUGCCGCCAGCUCCAGUGAUGACAUCAAGGGGGAGUGGGGACAGGAUCCCUGUCGCACCUCUGUUAAGGAGCGAGCGGCCAAGUUCGGCAGCCUGGCAAAGCAGCACUCCCAGGUGGGCCAGGUCAUGAAGCGCUUUUCCUCCCAGAAAAACAAAGAGGGGAGUGUCUCUGAGGCCUCCACACCAAGCUCAACACAACCAUCUCCCCAGAUAGAGAACAAGGUGUUUGACCACCACAGACAUGACUCCCAUCUGCAUCUCCAGGGCCACGGCAGGGCUGGGAAGAGGGUUCAUAUCCCAGAGGUGGUGGAGAAGACCUUCCCGGCAGACCUGCAGCUGCCUGGCGUCUUGGCGCCGCCCAUGCCUGAGCUCAAGGAACUGGAGCUACAGCGCCGCAACACAGGAGACUUUGGCUUCUCCUUGCGCCGCACAACCAUGUUGGACCAGCAGCCUGAUGGUGGGGUCUACCGCCGCGUGGUUCACUUCGCUGAGCCUGGUGCCGGGACCAAGGACCUGGCGCUGGGUCUGGUGCCUGGAGACAGGUUGGUUGAGAUCAACGGGCACAACGUGGAGAAUAAGAGCCGGGAUGAAAUCGUGGAGAAGAUCCGUCAGUCUGGGGACUUUGUGAGGCUGAAGGUGCAGCCCAUUGUGGAGCUGAGUGAGCUGAGCCGCUGCUGGCUGAGGAACAGCAGAGAGGCCUACGAUGUGAAGACUGAGGAGCAGGUAGCUGCUGAGAAGGCCUGGUACGGGACUGAGAAAGUAUGGCUGGUUCAUAAGGAUGGAUUUUCCUUGGCGACCCUGUUGAAGACGGAGCCAGGCAGUCUGCCAGAGGGGACAGUCAAGAUCAGACUGGAGAGCGACGGCUCGUUGCUGGAUGUGGAUGAGGAUGAUGUGGAGAAGGCAAACCCUCCAUCGUUUGACCGCGUGGAGGACCUGUCCUCGCUGCAGUACCUCAAUGAGUCCAGUGUGAUGCACUCCCUGCGCCAGCGCUACGGGGGCAACCUCAUCCACACCCACGCUGGACCCAACAUGGUGGUUAUCAACCCCAUCAGCACUCCCUCAAUGUACUCUGAGAAGGUGAUGCACAUGUUUAAGGGGUGCAGGAGGGAGGACACAGCUCCUCACAUCUAUGGUGUGGCCCAGUCAGCCUAUAGGAAUCUGUUGACCACCCGCCAGGACCAGUCCAUUGUGCUACUGGGAAAGAGCGGCAGCGGCAAGACCACCAAUUGUCAACACCUGGUUCAGUACCUGGUCACCAUCGCUGGCAGCACUGGCAAGACCUUCUCUGCGGAAAAGUGGCAGGCAGUCUACACCAUCCUGGAGGCCUUUGGGAACAGCUCCACCUCCAUGAAUGGAAAUGCCAGUCGCUUCUCUCACAUCGUGUGUCUGGAUGUUGACCAGGCUGGUCAGGUGGCCUCGGCCUCCAUUCAGACCAUGCUGCUAGAGAAGCUAAGAGUGACCAGGCGGCCAGAGGGAGAGUCCACUUUCAAUGUCUUCUACUAUAUGAUGGCUGGAGCUGACAGCUCUCUCAAGACUAAGCUGCACUUCAACCACUUUGCUGAGAACAGUGCUUUCGGAAUCGUGCCUCAACCCAAGUCUGAAGACAAGCAGCGGGCCUCCCAGCAGUUCACCAAGCUGCAGGCAGCCAUGAAGGUCCUGGGCAUCAGUGGGGAGGAGCAGAGGGCCUUCUGGCUGGUCCUGGGGGCCAUCUACCACCUAGGGGCUGCAGGAGCCACCAAGGCCGGUAGGAAACAGUUUGCAUGUCAUGAAUGGGCGCAGAAGGCCGCCUACCUGCUGGGCUGCACUCUAGAAGAGCUCUCCUCCUCCGUCUUCAAGCACCAGGCCAAGGGCACCCUGCCCAGAGCCAGCUCUAUACGCCAGGGGACGGACGAUGCAGCAGGAGACUUCUCAGGUUCCAAGGCCACAGCCAUGGAGUGUUUAGAAGCCAUGGCAUCUGGGCUGUACUCAGAGCUCUUCACCCUCCUCGUCUCCCUCAUCAACCGUGCUCUGAAGUCCAGCCAGCACUCUCUGUGCUCCCUGCUCAUCGUGGACACCCCGGGCUUCCAGAACCCUCGCCUGGCCAAGCGGGAGCGCGGAGCCACCUUUGAAGAGCUCUGCCACAACUACACCCAGGAGCGCCUGCAGACACUGUUCUAUCAGCGCACCUUUGUACAGGAGCUAGAGAGAUACAAAGAGGAAAACAUAGAGCUCGCAUUAGAUGACAUGGAGCCCAGCACAUCUCUGUCUGUAGCUGCAGUAGACCAAGCGCCAAGUCAAGCCCUGGUGCGGACGCUGAGGACUGAUGAGGCUCGGGGCCUUUUGUGGCUGAUGGAAGAGGAGGCUCUGCAGCCUGGGGGUUCAGAGGAUACUCUACUGGGACGCCUCUUCAGUUACUAUGGCCCUGCUGAGGGAGAGAGCAAAGGUCACACCUUGCUGCUGAAGAGUGGGAAGCUGCAUCACUUUCUGUUGGGUCACAGUCAUGGGACAGACUGGGUGGAGUAUGACGCCCGUGGUUGGCUGAGCCAUGCCAAACAGAACCCUGCCUCUACCAACGCAGGGAGUCUCCUGCAGGAUUCCCACAAGGAGAACAUUAGUGGUCUGUUUAUGAGCCGAGGAAGCGGGGCCACCACCCUGUCAGGUUCCAUCGCGGGCCUGGAGGGUGUUUCCCAGCUGGCCUUGCGGCGCGCCACCAGCAUGAGGAAGACUUUCACCACUGGAGUGGCGGCCGUCAAGAAGAAGUCCCUCUGCAUACAGAUCAAACUACAAGUGGACGCUCUGCUGGACACUGUGCGGAGGUCCAGGGUUCACUUUAUCCACUGCCUGCUGCCCAAUCCUGAUGCCCUGCGGGCAGGCAGAGGGGAAUUGGAGGCCCAGGGGGAGAGUGGAGACUCUGGCCUAAUGCAGCUGGAUGUGGCCCUGCUCCGGUCUCAGCUUCGCGGCUCCAAGCUGCUGGACGCUCUCAGAAUCUACAGACAAGGAUACCCUGAUCACAUGGUCUUCUCCGAAUUCUGCCGCCGCUUCGAUGUGCUGGCACCACACCUGACCAAGAAUCUUGGCCGCAACUACAUAGUGAAGGAUGAGAAGAAGGCUGUGGAGGAGCUGCUGGUGUUCCUGGACCUGGAGAAGAACAGCUAUCACAUGGGACUGAGCAGGUUGUUCUUCAGAGCGGGGACCUUGGCAAAACUGGAGGAGCAGAGGGAUGAGCAGACCAGACGCAACAUCACCCUAUUCCAAGCAGCCUGCAGUGGAUACCUGGCCAGACAGGCCUUCAAGAAGAGGGAGACCCAUGACCUGGCCAUCCGCUGCAUCCAGAAGAACAUCAAGAAGAAUAAAGGAGUGAAGGGCUGGCCCUGGUGGAAGCUGUUUACCACUGUACGGCCCCUCAUUGAGGUGCAGCUCACAGAGGAACAGAUCAGAGGAAAAGACGAGGAGAUCCAGCAUCUGAAGGGAAAGCUGGAGAAGACGGAGAAAGAGAGAAACGAAGUGAGAUUGAACAGUGAUCAACUGGAGAGCAGGAUCUCAGAGUUGUCAGCAGAGCUUGCAGACGAGAGGAACGCUGGAGAGUCGGCUUCUCAGCUGCUGGAGACCGAGACGUCUGAGAGACUGAAACUGGAGAAAGACAUGAAGGACCUGCAGGCUAUGUUUGACUUAAUGAAGAAGCAGAUGGAAUGUAUGGAGAUGGAGGUGACGGAGGCUCGUCUCAUCAGAACAGCAGAGCUCAAUGAGGACGUGGGCGAUGAUGACGAUUCAGGGGGAGAGUGGCGUCUGAAGUACGAACGAGCCAUCCGGGAGACUGAGUUCACCAAGAAGAGACUUCAGCAGGAGUUUGAAGACAUGCUAGAGACUGAGCAGCAGAGUAAAAGACCUCUGGAGAGGAAGCUGACUGACCUGCAGGCGGACAGCGAUGAAGUGCAGCGCUCUGUGCAGCAGCUGAAGAAGAAGUGUAGCAGACUGACGGCUGAGCUGCAGGACACCAAGCUGCACCUGGAGGGCCAACAGAGCCGCAACCACGACCUGGAGAAGAAACAGAGGAAGUUUGACUUGGAGCAGAGCCAGGCCCAGGACGAAGUGCUGAGAGAGAGGACACAGAGAGAGAAGCUGGGACGGGAGAGAGACAUGAUGACAGGGGAGUUGUUCAGUCUGUGCCAGCAGCUGCAGGACAAGGACAUGGAGCUGUGUGCCAUCCAGCUGAAGGUGGAGCAUCUGGAGGCAGAACUAAAGGACCUGUCAUCCCAGGAGUCCAAGGAUGAGGCGUCGCUGUCCAAGACCAAGAAGACGCUCCGCGACCUGGAAGCCAAGGUCAAAGACCAGGAGGAGGAGCUGGAUGAGCAGGCCGGGACCAUCCAGAUGCUGGAGCAGGCCAAGCUACGUCUGGAGAUGGGGAUGGUGGGUCUGCGGCAGGCCCACUCUAAAGACAUUGAUGGCAAGGAUGAGGAGGUGGAGGAGAUCAGGCAGUCCUGCAGUAAGAAGCUGAAGCAGAUGGAGGUACAGCUGGAGGAGGAGUAUGAUGACAAGCAGAAAGUCCUGCGUGAGAGGAGAGAGCUGGAGGCCAAGCUACUGUCUGCCAAGGACCAGGUGGGCUGCAGGGACGUGGAGACCGAGAAGAGGCUGAGGAAGGGCCUGAAACGCACCAAGGUGCUGCUGGCUGACGCCCAGAUCAUGCUGGACCACCUGAAGAACAACGCCCUCAGUAAGAGAGAGACCGCCCAGCUCAAAAACCAGCUGGAGGAGUCAGAGUUCAUGUGUGCGGUGGCGGUGAAGUCUCGUAAGAGCAUGGAGAUAGAGAUUGAGGACCUGCACAUCCAGAUGGAGGAAGUGGUCAAAGUCAAGAUGUCGCUUGAGGAGCAGGUGUCACGUCUGCAGAGGGAGAAGAAUGACCUGCAGUCUCGUAUGGAGGAGGACCAGGAGGACAUGAACGAGCUGAUGAAGAUACACAAGGCUUCCGUCUCCCAGUCUGCCAGAGACCUGGCCCAGAUCAGUGACAUCCAGGUCCAGCUAGAGGAAGCCAUGAAGGAGAAGCAGGAGAUCCAGGACAAGUUGCAGUCCCUGCAUAGCCAGCUGGAGUUCCAGGAGCAGUCCAUGGUGGAGAAGUCUCUGGUCAGCAGGCAGGAGGCCAAGAUCCGCGAGCUGGAGACCAAGUUGGAGUACGAGAAGACCCAGAUCAAACGCCUGGAGAGCCUGACGAGCCGUCUUAAGGAGAACCUGGAGAAGAUGACAGAGGAGAGAGACCACCGCGGGAAUGGAGAGAACAGGGAGAAGGAGCAGAACAAACGUGUGCAGAGACAGAUGAGGGACAUCAAAGAGGAGAUGGCUGAGCUGUCCAAGAAGGAAGCUGAGGCCAGCCGCAAGAAGCACGAGCUGGACAUGGACAUAGAGAGUCUGGAGGCAGCCAAUCAGAGCCUGCAGUUGGACCUCAAGCUGGCAUUCAAGAGGAUCGGAGACCUGCAGGCCGCCAUUGAAGACGAGAUGGUCGACAGUGACGGAGAAGAUGACCUCAUAAACAAUGGUGACGACUUGGACAUGGACUCAGAGGUGGAGGACCGUGUGGACGAUGUCAAGUCCUGGCUGUCCAAGAAUAAGGGAUCCACCAAGACCCUGUCAGCUGAGGGCCAUCUGAAGAGCUCCAGGAGACACCGCAGUGAAGAGGAUGAGAAGGAGAGGGGUUCCAGCAGACUCCCGGAAGGAAAGUGACAGUGAUGCAAUGCUGGCAGAGUCCACAGCGUAACAGAGACUAAUACUACAUCUCUCUCUCUAACCACCAUCCUACACGUACAUACCAGAGACAGAUGUACCAUCCUUUUAUAUGCUCCUAAUACCCCUCCCCCAUACCAUCCUCAUAUGCACAUAAGUGAGCAAUGCUAGCUAGCACCAGAGGCAAGGGCAGGGGAAAGUCAGAGUGCACAUACAACUUCUAUUGAAAUCAAACAUGUUAUAGCCAUUUUCACUUGCUACUAAGAGCUUUGAAAAGAACAAUCUCUCACAACAUCUCUCACAACAUAUUUUCCACCUCAACUCUACAGCUUUGAAGUGAUAUAAAUAGAGAUUAUCACCACUGGCUUAUUUAAGAUAGCCUAUGAAAAGCAGAUGCAUUCUUAAACUGUUGUAUUAUUUCAGCCAGUAGUUUUGAAAGUGGUGCUCACAAGCCAAAAGUGGACCCUGUUUUUUGGGUAGUACGUCAUAAUGUGAAAUGUUCUGAAUUUGGAUCCUGGAGUGCAUCUUUAAGCUCCUGUUGUCAUCUCUGUUUGAGGGCUGGAGAGCUUGUGGUUUAUUCAAAUGACUGUAUCAGGCUGUCUCCCUACAACCUGACUUCUCACUGCAAGUCCAUACACCUGACACUUCAGCAUAUCCUCCUUACCACUUAGAAAUGCACUUGUCUCCUCGACAUGUGUUUGGACUGUCUGCUCUUGCGCUUCAAGGAAUAUUUAGCCAAUAUCAGUGUAUAGAAGAAAGACAAGUAUUUAUCUUGCUUCAAUACUGUUUUGAUUUUUAAUGGUUCUUAGAGGAUGGGAGGGAAAGCUGCUGUGAAGGGAUAGGGCUUUAUGUCACAUGCGUUGGAUCUGGUACAUUUGCAUACAGUAGUUCAUGCUGGAAUGGUUUUGGUCUGGCUCGUUUGAAGCUCCGCCAUGCGUUUGUUUCUUCCUGUCAUGUCUGUUGGUUUUCAAAGGGAAUGCAUUUACUUUCUGCUAUGACGGGGGCUUUCUAGGGAUCUUGUUCUCUUUCUUUAGCUAUCAAGAUAUACAUGCACUGAAUAUCAGGGGAAAAAGGGGUUUUAUGAGGCAAAUUGUCAUAGUGCUAUAAGUCCCCUGUCCCUCAUGGGGGGAGGGGGGG